AGGCAGCAUUCCUGAAUCAGCCCUCCUCCAGCCAAUGGAGUCUGCACUGAGAAACCAUUUUGAUGAUACAUAUAGUGAAUCUAUUAAAAGCUGAAAAAUUGAGAAUGCCAAGAUUUAAAGACUUCAGGAUAAACUUUUCAUCUCUAAAUGCUAAAGAAUUUGGGGAAGAAGUUACAGCUGGACAGUAUAUGAGUAUUUAAACCUACAGAUUCUUCUGACUUAUAGAAUCAGCUGUCAUAUUGCCAGGAAAAGAUAAAUGCAGAUGUUGGACCAUGUCAAAAAUCUUGUCAAGAGUGUGGAUUGUCUCACACAGAACAGAGAUGUGGCUUCUGAUUCUGGUGGCAUACUUGUUCCAAAGAAAUGUGAAUUCAGGACACAUGCCAACUAAAGCUGUGGACCCAGAAGCAUUCAUGAAUAUUAGCGAAAUCAUCCAGCAUAAAGGUUAUCCCUGUGAGGAGUAUGAAGUCACGACAGAAGAUGGGUAUAUCCUUUCCGUUAACAGGAUCCCUCAAGGCCUGGUGCAACCUAAGAAGACAGGUUCCAGGCCUGUGGUGUUACUGCAGCACGGCCUGCUUGGAGAUGCUGGCAACUGGAUUUUCAACCUGCCCAACAACAGCCUGGGCUUCAUGCUGGCGGACGCUGGUUUUGACGUGUGGCUGGGGAACAGCAGGGGAAACACCUGGUCUCGGAAGCACAAGACCCUCUCCACAGACCAGGAUGAGUUCUGGGCUUUCAGUUAUGAUGAGAUGGCGAGGUUUGAUCUUCCUGCAGUCAUAAACUUUAUUUUGCGGAAAACAGGUCAAGAAAAGAUCUAUUAUGUCGGCUAUUCACAGGGCACCACCAUGGGCUUUAUUGCAUUUUCCACCAUGCCGGAGCUGGCUCAGAAAAUAAAAAUAAAUUUUGCUUUAGCACCCAUAGCUACUGUUAAACAUGCAAAAAGUCCUGGGACCAAAUUUUUGUUGCUGCCCGAUAUGAUGAUCAAGGGAUUAUUUGGCAAAAAAGAAUUUCUGUACCAGACCAGAUUUUUCAGACAGCUUUUUAUUUACCUUUGUGGCCAGAUGGUUAUUGACCAGAUUUGUAGCCGUAUCAUGUUACUCCUGGGAGGAUUUAACUUGAACAAUAUGAACAUGAGCCGGGCAAACGUGUAUGUUGCUCACAGUCUUGCCGGAACAUCUGUGCAGAACAUCCUGCACUGGAGCCAGGCAGUGAACUCUGGGGAACUCCAGGCAUUUGACUGGGGCAGCGAGACCAAAAAUCUGGAGAAGGGUAAUCAGCCAACUCCCAUAAGGUACAAAGUGAGAGACAUGACGGUCCCCACAGCCAUGUGGACUGGAGGUCAGGACUGGCUUUCAAAUCCAGAAGAUGUGAGAACACUCCUCUCCGAGGUGACUAACCUCAUCUACCAUAAGAACAUUCCUGAAUGGGCUCAUGUGGAUUUCAUCCUGGGCUUGGAUGCUCCUCACCGUAUGUACAAUGAAAUCAUACACCUGAUGAAGCAGGAAGAGACCAGUCUUUCCCAGGGAACUUUCAGCGUCAGCUUGUGAAGCAUCUGAUACUGACCGGUCUUAGGAGAAAACCUCAUGGAAGAUGGGGCUUGAGUCCAUGAAUGGAGGAUUUUAAAGAUUUCUGCCAUUGGAAACCUACAGUAUGAGUAGGAGGGAGGUGGAGGAGGGAGAGCAGAGAUGCAAUGUACAUUCCUUCAGGUUUUCUGUAUUUGGCACUAAAACUAACAUUCAAAUUUUUUUCAGUUAAUUAAACCACUCAUUGGGUGAACAGAGUUUUCAUGUGCUAUUAUGUAUUCUGCCAUCUUGAAAGGUAGGUUUUACCUGACAACUAGAAAAAUUAUCUAGACAUUCUUUAUAUUAUUCAACUAAAGGUUCUUAAAACAUUUAUUUUUCUUCCAUGAGCUUUAUUUUUGGAGUGAUCAAGUAAAAUUCCACACUGGGACACAGUCAGGGGUCUUGAAUCUCUGGACUGUUGUUGUUGAGUUUGACAAAAUAAGCUAGAUGUUUCCACCUUAUUGCCAUGGAGACAUAACCCCACCUCAGGAAGCCAAGCUACUUUAACCAAAAAAGAAAAAGAAAAAUCAAUGUACAGUAUAGAUGAAAAGGCCAAGUUUCAGAGUUGAGUGUCAGACAAGAUAUUUUUGUAGGAUAUUAAUGAGUUUUCUAAUAAAUGCACUAUGUAUUGCAUAA